UUUGCCAUGUGGCCGUGGUCAAAAAUGAAAUAAAUAUUUGACAAUAAUUACAAAACGCUGUUGUUCAGGCCGGCACGUGCAGACCAGACGUCGGCGGAACGCGAAUGCCGCUGACGUCACGAACUCUUGUUUCCUAGGCCAAGACUCGAAUGACCGCGUUAAGUAUUUUAGCACAUGGAGUAAAAAAUAAAAAAAAAAAAAAAAAAAGGAAAAAAAUACUGGCUCUGAUGCGGAUUUUUGUGUGGAUAUUUAUCCAUGUUAAAGAGUUUUUGGAGACUAUUUUCUCGGGUGAAGUGCUUACGAAUAUCUUUCACUCCCACACGACAAAACGCCGACUGGCCACUGGGACCCGUAAUCAAAAGCCGUGAGCACGCCUGCGCUGUAACAGCCAAUGGGAGGUGACGUUUCGUCUGAAAGACACUCCGGUGAAGUUCAUUAACAUACAGUAAGCUUAGAAGUCGAACAAUCAAGCCAUGGGGGAAUUCAGUGGGAAAAAGAAAAAGUCUACUGUGUAAUAUAAAGUGAAUACAUCUUAUGGAUUUGCGAUUCGAGGCAGUACAAUCACCCGUGAUCCGUGACGCUCACCUCGACAGUCAUUUCGGUCGUCCUGGGGGGAGGAGUCUUUUCGCCAGACAAAUGAAAGACCAGCAGAAUAACUAACACAAGAAUGUUAGAGUGACACGGGAUUUUUACCUGCCGCCACUUGGAUCGUGAUGCAGUACGCACUAUCACCUGAAUAUUCCCCCAAAGCGACGCCGGGAUCCCUUCCUUGCCUACCUGGAUACGAGAAUAUUUCAUAUAGUGUUAUAGAUACUUCUCGAAAAACCCACGCCACGGAGAAAAUGCAUUGUGAUUUUGUUUGGAUUUAGCGUGUUUUCCACAAAAUAAAAUAAAUAAAUAAAUGUAAUAUAUAUAUAUUUAUAUAUAUAUAUAAAUAUAUAUUUAUAAAUAUGUGAACAACCACUUUGUUUUUGUUGCACAUGACAGGAGGAUGAAAGAGAAGUGUUUGUCUCACACGUAUUCAUCUAAUAGGUGUUAUUUCACUGAUUAUAAUAAUAUCGGUUAAAACGCUGGAGGAAACGUCACCUGCCUGUGGACUUGUACAAAUUUGUAUUCGAUUGUGAAUAUUUUGAAAUCACGACAGUUUUGUUCGAAAACAGCAGACGACAUUAAAAAGACAUCUCUUAGUUCUGGGACAAAACCGGGACAUGGACCGUCCCUGGUCCGGGGUACUAAUGGGCCGGUCGCUAUAAAGAACAGCCCCGCCCAGGGAAUUACUAUUCACUAAGCAAGCGUCUUGUUCAGCAUGAUCGUCAUCUGCAGUCACAUCUCUCUUCUCCUCGUGCUGAGCGUGGCAGUGGUCGCCCAGAGUAACCUCCCCUUAUCGUCAACGUCGCAGCGUAACGUCAAGUCGUCGUCGUCGUCACCGGCCCCACGGAACGGAAGGAAAUCGAAAUACGACGACUCGUUUGUGAGAACUAUCGAGGCCAGUUUGUUGAACAUUUUCGGACUUAAGUCUCGUCCGAAGCCCUCCCGAGAUACACAGAUACCUCAGUACAUGUUGGACUUACACGAUCUACACAGCCGCAAACCCGGCGCCGCUAGCCCGUUCAUGAAGACAAAAGGCAGAGGUCUGAUUCCUGCUAAUACGAUACGGAGUUUUUACCACGUGGAUGGCGGUCUACUGUCGGGGUGCAGAGCCAACGCGUGUGUGAGAAUAUGGUUCAAUAUCUCGACCAUUCCAGACACUGAGGACCUCUCAGCGGCAGAGUUGCGGGUGUUUAAGGACGUGCACAAAAACACAGACACAGCGAAUCGCGACAGUGCUGCUCGUGGUGCUGGCACUGGUGGUUCUGGUGCUGGUGCUGCUGUUAUUCGUGGAGGAAGGACAAACCGACUCAGACUGGAGGUGCACGAGAUCAUGCAGCCUCCCAGCCAGAAUAGUGAGUGCAUAUCGAGACUGAUCGACACGAAGAGUGUCGACUUCAGGAACUCUUCUUGGGAGUCGUUUGACGUGCAUUCUGCAGUAUUAAAGUGGAAGAAUAGGCCUCGAUUCAACCACGGACUGGAGGUUCGACUCGUCUCCGACGAUCCGUCGCUGUCGCCCGAGGCGCAUGUGCGAUUGCGUCGCUCGGCGACCGCGCCCGAUCAUGAGUGGCAGGCGCUGCGCCCCCUGCUGGUGACCUACACGGACGAUGGGAAAAAUCCCAAGUCGCGGACGAAACGCGGGGCGCGGUCGAAAAGGAGGAAAAACAAACGGAAGAAGAGGAGAAGGAAGAAAGGCCACAAGAACCACUGCAGACGACACGCGCUUUACGUUGACUUUAACGACGUCGGGUGGAACGACUGGAUUGUCGCCCCAACGGGCUACAACGCCUUCUAUUGCCACGGGAAGUGUCCCUUUCCCUUAGCUCACCAUCUAAACUCAACAAACCAUGCAAUAGUUCAGACUCUUGUGAAUUCAGUUAAUCCAACUGCAGUGCCAGAGGCUUGUUGCGUGCCCACCGAACUCUCAGCCAUAUCGAUGCUGUAUCUGGAUGAGUGGGAGAAAAUCGUUUUGAAGAACUACAAGGACAUGGUAGUCGAGGCCUGUGGCUGCCGAUAGCGUCCGCUCACCUCUCGGAAUGGUUGCUGUCGGUGUGUGAAGUGUUUCGGAUGUGACGUAGUGAAAUGUUCCGGAUGUGACGUAUGCAUGGUUGGUUGGUUGGUUGGUUGGUUGCUAGUAUGUUGGGGAAAUAAUGUUGAGCACCCGCAGUACGUUAUGUCUAUAUAUACUGUUCUGUUAAUGAAUGGCGACUGUCCCUGCAUAUAUGUGAUAUUGCAGCGUGAAUAGACUAAAAGACUGGAACCGAUGCCAAGCUUUCUGCUUUGUUCAUAUCCAAAGUUUCUCUGACCACGGGUUGAUUGGCGCGAAAUGACACAUGGUGCAGAAAGCGCAAAAAAAACCAAGAAGAAGAAGAAGAAGAAAAAAGAUGAAAUGUUAUCACAGACGAAACUACAGACUAGAUAUUUACACGUUUACCUCAGUUAGGUGCUACACUUGCUUUUGACGACGCACUCACGUUCAUUCUUUCUUAGCAAACCUAAUUUCAUAUUGAAUUCCGACAGUGGUUUUGUGAACUGACAGCUUGAUUUUUGUUUUUAAUUUGUUACAGUUGAGAACAACUAAAUGCGCUCUUGGGCAACUGUUUCCAAGGGGUCAGUAUUAAGAUUUUUGUUUACUAGUCAAUCAAAGAUUAAUGGUUGUGACCGCCUGUGAGCUUACAAGAACUUAUAGCUGAUUUGUUGUUGUCUGCCAGAGGUGGAUUUACAAUCGCGAAGGUUUGGGGGCAAUGGGGGUGUUCUGGAACCUUCUUAGACAGAUGAUUUGUUGUUGAUCUCUACCGAGUUGAACUUUUUGUCGGCAGGGAUGAAGGGUUAGUCCCACCCCCACCCCCUCUUCCUGAACAUUUGGAUCCGCCACUGUGACUGUUGUGGGCAGCGACGUCGGUUUUUGAGUGCUGAAGUUUAGAACGUCUGCUCAAGUCCACAGGCUUGUGGUUGCCUUGGCAACGAUAGUAGCGACGUUCUGACACGAUGUUUUAAAAUAUCUUGUGUAUAUUGUUGAUACAUAUUUAAUUGAAUGUUUUCGAAAUUUGUAUAUAUAUUUAUAAGAUAUAUUUUAAGUCUUCGUAAUUUGUAAGUUUGUACAGUGACUGUAGGAUGUAUAUUAUUAUGUGGACGUGAUGCACUUACAAUUAACAACAACCUAAAAACCUGUCCCACAGAAAUGGCAACCACUUCAUGCAAGACACUGUAAAACAAAAUGUGAAUAAUAGUAAUUUAUCGAAAUGUCUAUCAGUUGGUUUAAUAAUUCAUUUGGAAAUGAAAUCAACGGAAACAGGGAUGGUCCCAACUUAAAAUAACUAGGAGGGGGAGGCGGGCAAAACACAACAACCAGGAAUCGGAGCAGACUAACGUGUAAUCGACUUCAGCUUGACAAAUGGGGCAGUUAUAAACUAAAAAGGUCACUCCUUCGUAAGUUUGAUCAGAACGUAUAUAACUUGCAUUGUUUUAUUCGAAGUGUUUGCCUAAAAUGUGUGCUAUUUUCCCAUCCCUCAUCUGUAUAGUAGCGGAAUAUAUUUAUUACGAGAGAUUAAGGUGGGUUUUUUGUUAAAUCACUAUGAAAAUGACCCAGUUUAUUUAUUAUGGCAGAAUAAUUAUUCAUUAUAAUGAAAGAAAAUUUAAAAUGUCCCCUGUAGUAGGGUUGGGGUUUUUUUUUUCCAUUUCUUAGCUACACUAGUUUCAACGUGUUGAACGAUCUUAUGCCACUGAAUAUAUUAAUGAUAUUAAAAACAAUAAUGUAUUAUAAUUAUUAUCGAAUUAUUUGUUACAACUCGAACACAGUGGAAGUAAAUUCACAUACACUGAAGCCUGAGUACAUGGUAGUGGAUCAUGGAAACAGUCCAGACUUUCUCUAACAUCUUUUCGACUCUGCCUUGUGCAGAGAUACGAUUUUGAUAAUCGUUCUGAUUCACGGGUCAUCUAGAUGAUUGACUGAAUCGAUCUAUUUUAAUAACCUAUUUAAGUGUUAAAUAUACGUAAAAGACCUGCAAAACGUUUCAAAAAAGCGUAUAUGGGGAGAGGUUAAAAUAUAAUGCAUUUCUAUGUUGAAGGGACAAUUAUGACGCCAUUAACAGGGAUGAAAAUCUCCGGAUUUUCCUCGGAUUCUGAUAAUCUUCAGAAUUUAGGAUUUCCACCGAAUUUCUGAUAUUUUUUAAAGAAAUCCGGAUUUUAGUACAACCCCAAAACUGUUCUUGCUCUUGGGUGAAACUUUCAAAAUAUUCUAUUUUUGAAGAUCCCGCAAAAUUCACCGGAUUCUUUUUUAAAAACAUUAUUUUAAUUUCUGGCCUUAAAACAAGAGGUUAUUAUACAAGAUGUUCUUUGUAGUCUUUUCGUCUGUGUGAGAUGCAAGAAGACAAAGCCAGUGAUAUUUGUAUUGUGUUAUUAAAUUUGUUAGCCAAAGUAACUCUAUUUUGUUACUAUUCAGAUUGUGAACAAACAUAAUAGCAUAGGUUUAUUUGUUAAACUGCAUGUUUCUCAUCAUUUCUCUGACAGAAAAAAAAGGAGUUAUUUUUCAUCAAGUUUCAAUUUAUAAAACGCGUUAUUGGGAGCAGCACACUAAUAUACUAUAGUUUUACAGCAGAAUAAAUUGUUUUUAUAUUAUGUUGCUGGCAAGUAAAUAUGAAAUAAUGAAAGGUUGUUUAAAAAAAAAAAUUCAUGAUACAGUUGGGAGAGCAAAGUAAAGUUUGUUGUAUUUAACGGAGCCACUAUAGCACAUUGAUUUACUAAUCAUCGGCUAUUGGAUGUAAAACGUUUGGUUAUUUUGACAUAUAGUCUUAGAGAGGAAACAUGUCACAUUUGUUUUUCAUUAGUAGCAAUCAUAUACCACGGCUUUUGAAUAGUCGUCCUUUACAAAACUGGACUAAUCGUAAAAACAAAAAGUCGUAUGUUAUUUUCUGCGUGUUUGGAUUUGUGUGUGAGUGUGUAUGAAUGCGCGCGCGUGCGUGCGUGUGUGUGUGUGUGUGUGUGUGUGUGUGUGUGUGUGUUUAGAAAAACAUCAUUUAAACUAUUCUUUUCCGAAAAUCAUAUUCUAGUACACGGUCAUACAUGUAAAUGUUGCAAUUUGCGUUAGCCUUUUAAAGCAUAUUGUUACAGACCACUGACCUAUUUAAUGGCCUAACAAAGUAUUACCUAAACAAAUAUAAUUUGAUUUGUCCCUAAAUGUACUUUAUUCAACCAUCUUCAUAACCACCGUACUCCAUUUAUUAAUGA